CAGGCUUAUAACAGUUCCCCGGUUGCGCUGUUUAAAAAUCAUACACUCGGUAUUUAUAUCAUUUAGUGAAAGUCAGUUGGAAAAAUGGAGUUUCGAGCGAACAAACGCAUUAAACUAAGGCAACACAAUGACUACUAGAUCUACGGACAGCCAGGAACCAGGACAAACAACAUCCGUACACACGGAAGAAGUCGAUGAGACGAGUACCGAAACUAAAGAACAUAGCGACACUGCACACGAGUACAAUUCACAAGAUGCAGCAGAAAAUAUGUUGAACAGUGAAUCAUCGGAUAUCGAUGAUAGUGACAAUGACAAAGACUAUAUUCCGGAAGAAGGCGAUGCAUCGUCAGAUGAGUCGAUAGUUGUCGAACUCAUACCAAACAUUCAAAGAUUUCAAAAGAAGACAGCGUCAACACUACCUCCUGUUGAAUCCUUGCAAUCUCGUGAACGUGACGAAUCAUCCGCAGAGGCACACAAAACCAACAUCACCAUCGCUUAAACAAAUAACAGUGAAUACAGACAUUACGAUAAGAGAUUUUAUUGCAUGUUUUGCGAAAAGGCUCAAACAAAACUAAAAAAAACAUUUGCUUUCGCAGCAUAAAGAUGGGCAAGAUGUGAAAGAUCUAUUAAAUACGGAAAAUUCAGCAGAAAAUAAAAAAAUGUAUGAUAAAAUA